AUGUACGCUAAAACAGGAGAUAUUGAUUCAGGACGUAGAGUUUUUGAUGGAGUUAUUGAAAAGGAUGUCAUCAUAUGGAAUUGUAUGAUAGACAAGUAUGCAAAAGCUGGCUUACUAGAACAAGCUAUGGCUUUAUUGCAGAUCAUGAAACUCGAAGGAGUGAAGCCGAAUUCAUCUACAUUGGCAGGGCUGCUUGCAGCUUGUGCUGCCGCUGGAUCAUGUCUCAAUGAUUAUGUGGAAGAGGAGGGACUGGAAUUGGAUGUAGUUCUUGGAACUGCUUUAGUUGAUAUGUUUGCUAAAUGUGGGUUUUUGGACAAGGCUAUUCAAAUAUUUGAGAAUAUGGAGAUCAAAGAUGUAAAAUCUUGGACAUCCAUGAUUUUAGGAUAUGGAGUUCAUGGGCAAGCUAGAAAUGUUGUCGAUCUCUUCUACAGGAUGGAGGAGGAAGGAUUUAGACCCAAUGCAGUUACUUUCUUGGGAGUUUUGAGCGCUUGUAGCCAUGGUGGAUUGGUGAUGGAAGCUAUGAAAUGUUUUGAGGGGAUGGUUCAAGUAUAUGGCUUCCUACCAAAGAUUAAGCACUAUGGAUGUAUGUUCGACCUUUUAGGCCGUGCAGCUUGCCGAGUGUAUGGAAAUGUUGAACUAGGGGAACAAGUGAAAAUAAUGCUAGUUGAUAUAGACAAUCGUCACCCUACUGAUUCGAUACUUCUUUCUAGUGCUUACGCUGCUGCGGUUGGAAGGUUUUUGUGA